GAGAGAGAGAGAGGAAGUAGUGAUAGUACAAGCAUAGUAGGUUAUCGGCCCCUUCGAAUCCUCCGCUCCCCCAACGGAUCCGCCGAGGCCAAGCCAUUCUCUCUCCCUCCAUAUUCUCCAAAUUCCCCCUCCCUACAAAUACCAGUGCAGCCCACGCUCCACUCCUGCUAUCUCUCUUAGAAAUAACAGUCCAUUCUCUCUCUUAUCUCCCUCCCUCUCUCUAAAAUGCAGGCUGCCAUUUCUACAUCCAUUCCUCCAUCAUUCACUGCGUUCAGAUCGGAUAAUUCAGCUGCCCGAUGCCAUUUUGCGGCGGGGUUGAGGUUCUGUGGACUCCAUCGCCAUUAGCUCUCCCUGGGUGAAGCCAUUGAAACUAGGCAGCUUCGCAAAAGGAUUUCGGCUUCACUUUCAGAGAGUGGUGCUUCAAAGAAUGGGUUCGAUUAUGAUCUCGUGAUCAUUGGAGCUGGAGUUGGCGGUCAUGGCGCUGCUCUUCAUGCUGUUGAGAAGGGUCUAAAAACUGCAAUCAUUGAGGGGGAUGUGGUUGGAGGAACUUGCGUAAACAGAGGAUGUGUUCCAUCUAAGGCUCUCCUUGCCGUUAGUGGUCGGAUGCGUGACCUUCAAAGUGAACACCAUUUGAAAGCCUUGGGUUUGCAUGUGCCAGCAGCUGGUUAUGAUAGACAGGGUGUUGCAGAUCAUGCAAAUAACCUUGCCUCAAAAAUUCGCAGCAAUUUAACAAAUUCAAUGAAAGCUAUGGGCGUAGACAUCUUGACUGGUGUUGGCACCAUUUUGGAUACACAAAAGGUGAAAUAUGGAAAAGUUGGUUUCCCAGACACUGUAAUAACUGCAAAAGGCAUAAUCAUUGCUACAGGUUCUGUUCCUUUUGUUCCAAAUGGCAUUGAAGUUGAUGGGAAGACCGUGUUUACUAGCGAUCAUGCUUUAAAGUUGGAGUGGGUUCCAGAUUGGAUAGCAAUUGUAGGUAGUGGAUAUAUUGGUCUUGAAUUCAGUGAUGUAUAUACGGCACUUGGAAGUGAGGUCACUUUCAUUGAAGCCUUGGAUCAAAUUAUGCCUGGGUUUGACCCUGAGAUAGGGAAGCUAGCACAAAGAGUCCUAAUAAAUCCAAGAAAAAUUGAUUUCCAUACUGGUGUUUUUGCAAAGAAGAUUACUCCGGCGAAGGAUGGGAAACCUGUCAGUAUAGAGCUUAUUGAUGCGAAAACAAAGGAGCCAAAAGAUACUUUAGAGGUAGAUGCAGCACUUAUUGCAACUGGAAGGGCACCAUUCACAAAGGGCCUUGGUUUGGAGAAUAUUAAUGUUGUGACUGAACGUGGAUUUGUUCCUGUUGAUGAGCGGAUGCGAGUAAUUGAUGCCGAUGGGAAACUGGUUCCUCAUGUAUAUUGUAUUGGAGAUGCAAAUGGGAAAAUGAUGCUUGCGCAUACUGCUAGUGCACAAGGAAUCUCAGUCGUUGAACAAGUUUCUGGGAGGGAUCAUGUAGUCAAUCACAUGAGCAUUCCUGCUGCUUGCUUUACCCAUCCAGAAAUCAGUAUGGUUGGCUAUACAGAGCCACAAGCAAAGGAGAAAGCUGACAAGGAAGGGUUUAAAAUAAGUGUAGCCAAGACAAGUUUUAAGGCCAACACAAAGGCUCUUGCAGAAAAUGAAGGGGAGGGGCUUGCAAAGUUGAUAUACAGACCAGACACUGGGGAGAUUCUUGGGGUUCAUAUUUUGGGAUUGCAUGCUGCAGAUCUGAUCCAUGAGGCGUCCAACGCCAUAGCAUUGGGUACACGUAUUCAGGACAUUAAAUUUGCUGUUCAUGCUCAUCCAACCUUGUCUGAAGUGCUCGAUGAACUCUUCAAAGCUGCCAAGGUUGAGAUUCAUGCUUCCAAGACAGUUGCAGAACCUGUUGCAGUAUAGCAUGCAAAAUGGUAGCAAGGAAUUCCAACUUUUGAGAUCUAAAUUUUUUCUACAAGAGAACUAACCACCAUUUUUCUCUUCCCUUUCAAUUUUCUCUUCAUGGGGUUAGAUCUUAGGCUUCUGUAACAGUUGUUUGCCAUUUUAUCCAUGUUUGGAUCAAUUUAAGAAACAUUUUAUUUAGUUGUCCAUUUAUGUAAGAAAUUUUGUAUGCUUAUUCAAAUAUUCAAUAUUUAGUAUUGUAUUCUUUUCCCUUC